AAGGGCACAUUUCGGGUGCAGGCGCAGACGCGACGCGAUCGUAGUGCGAUGCUCCUCCAUCACCGAAUCCUCCACCCUCGCCUCCUCUUCCCCCCCUUCGUCUCCUUCUCCGCCCUACCGGCUGGGUCUCUCCGGUCCGGCCAUCCCCUCCUACUCCUCGCCUCCGGAAGAAGGAAUCCCGUCUCCCUCCUCGCCCGUUCCCAUUCCUUGUCCACCGUAGCCCAGCUCGCCGUCUCCACCCCUUUGGAGGUCGACGCCCCAAUCCUACGGCAGAUAGCUGACGAGGAAGAUGGCGGGCCCCAGGUCCAGAUUCCCUUCGACAAGCUCUUCGUGCCGCCCGGGGUAGACUUAGCGGAAGCGGCGUCGAUGGCCAGCGGGAGAGUGCUCCGAGGCUCCAACAUCGUGCUCGGACCUUACGCCCGCGACGCCCAGGUCGCCACCGCCGAGUUCAUCAAGAGCAGCACCAAGACGGAGGAGUGCCCCACGGAUGGCCUCCCCGAGUUCGCCCUCGUCGGCCGGUCCAACGUCGGCAAAUCCUCCCUCCUAAAUUCCCUCGUCAGGAGGAAGCGGCUCGCCCUCACCUCCAAGAAGCCCGGAAAAACACAAUGCAUUAAUCAUUUUCGUAUAAAUGAUAGUUGGUACCUGGUGGAUCUGCCUGGUUAUGGAUAUGCAUCUGCACCGCAAGAAGCGCGAGCUAACUGGUAUGAAUUCACCAAAAACUACUUCCUCAACCGAGAGUCGUUAGUGUCUGUUUUCCUACUUAUAGAUGCCAGCAUCCCUGCUAAAAAGAUUGAUCUUGAAUAUGCUAGUUGGCUUGGACAAAAUCAGAUUCCAAUGACACUACUAUUCACAAAGUGUGACAAACGUAAGAAGAAGAAGAACGGUGGUAAAAGACCUGAAGAAAAUGUUGAAGAUUUCCAGAAAUUGAUACGCGAAUAUUUCAAGGAAGCACCGCCUUGGAUAAUGACCAGUAGUGUCACCAACCAAGGCCGGGAGGAGAUAUUGUUACAUAUGGCCCAGUUGCGGAACUACUGGCUAAAACAUUAGGAUAUAGAAUGUAGUCCAGGAUCACUGCUUUGCAAUGUAAAUUACGCACAAAUGCUGCUGUUAGAAAUUCUCCAAUCAGGAUAAGGACCUGCAUUGCAGACCUUGUUCUCUGGAGGUUGUCGAAUCUGCUAUGGUUUGACCUACACAUAUUUCACAUCAAUCGUAUUGGUAUAAUUUCACCUUCAUCGCUCAAGAAGCACUUCCAAUGAGUCUGCUUCAUGUCUGAGGUAACAGGAAUACAGUGUUUUAAGUGACCAUUUUGCUUGUGCUUUUUGCUUGGCUUCAGUUGUCUUUUUAUUAUGUUUGAACUUGGAAUAUAUUGGAUGAUCCAUUCAACUA